AUGCAUCUUAUGUACACUAUCGGUGCCGAUGGCAAGCGUGUCUACACCUUGAAGAAGGUCGUUGAUGGCAAGGUCUCCAAGUCCGCGUAUGCUUCCAACCCUACAGACAGCCCUUAUUUCCAAAUACUUACAUCCAGAAGCCACCCCGCCCGUUUCUCUCCUGACGACAAGUACUCCCGUCACCGUGUUACCCUGAAGAAGCGCUACGGCCUCCUGCUCACCCAGCAGACCGAGGACGCUCCUGCUGUUUAA